AUGACAGCAGCCAACACUGGUUUGGACCUGAUUAGGAGUUUGAAGCGUGGAAGCUCUCAUAGUCUUGCCCCCUAUGAAGAGGAAAAGGUUCGUCGCUGCAUGGAGGAAAUGCGGACUCUCUAUGAGGAAAAUAGGCACGACGUUGCAAGUCUUCGGCUGCCAUCUCAAAGCUCCGACUCUGCAGGCGAAAGUAGCCUUGAUGGUGGAAGAGAAAAUCUCAUCCAGACUGUUCUUAUCCGUCAUGCGACAAUGGAACGCAUUAAACGCUGCCUCCUGGCCUACCAUCACUGCCGCCUGAUGCAACUCAAGGAAAUACGCUGGCAGUAUGGUGCGGUCAUACCAAAAGAAAUUCGCAAGAAUUUUUCCCAAAGUGAGCUCUCCUGGUUUAACAAGUACUGCGCUUCGUUGACGUCCUACAUGCAGGCCGACUCCAAGGAAACUGGCGGUGCUGGCGGGCUUGAUUUGACCCAGUCACUGAGACCCCCCAAGUCCCUGCUGCUGGAGGUGCGCUGCCUGAAGGACUACGGGGAGUUCGAAACGGAGUGUGGCGGUGUGCUCAACCUCACCAAAGGCAGCCAGCACCUCAUGUUCCGCAAUGACUGCGAAAACCUCAUCUUGCAGGGCGUUUUGCAGCAUAUCGUCGACUGA